AGCGGCUGGCUGGAGCCGGGCCUCGGCCUCGAGAGGCUUCGCGCGAAGGUUGUCUUCCUGCGCCGGGACCGGGUGAGGGGGUGGUAGAAAAAGAGCCAGUGCUUCGCCGUGGCCAUGUCCGUGUCCUCCCGAGGUCGUGGCCCGCCUGCCAGCCUUUGCCCUCAGGUCAGGCCCUGCCGGAAACCCAUUCCCCUUCGCGGGUGCGGCAGAAGACAGUGACCGGCACCCUCUGUACGUCCUGGAAUCCGCCCCCCCCCCCCCCCCGCAAGAAACAGGGAGAACCCUAAGGAUGGCCUCGGACUUGCCAAGGAAGAGAAGCAGUGAAUGCCCUGAGGGCACAUUGGCUCCUUCUGAUGGACACUGUGUGGAGAGAGCUGAGAGCCCUACACCAGGACUGGCCCAGGGGACGGAGCCAGGUGCUGGGCAGGAGGGUGCCAUGUUCGUCCAUGCCCGUUCUUACGAAGACCUGACAGAGACUGAAGAUGGGGCGGCUUCUGGAGACAGCCCCCAGGAGGGUGCUGCGGGGCCUCCCCCACUGCCUACAGACAUGCGCCAAAUCAGCCAGGACUUUAGUGAACUAAGCACCCAGCUGACUGGUGUAGCUCGUGACCUGCAGGAGGAGAUGCUGCCUGGAAGUUCCGAGGACUGGCUGGAGCCCCCAGGGGCAGCUGGGCGACAAGCCGUGGAGCCCUCCAAGGAGGGCCCCACCGAGGGAGACGAGGAGGAAGCCCCAGAGGCAUGGCGGCUGCACCAGAAGCACGUCUUUGUGCUGAGCGAGGCAGGAAAGCCCGUCUACUCCCGCUACGGGUCGGAGGAGGCGCUUUCCAGCACCAUGGGUGUCAUGGUGGCCCUGGUAUCCUUCCUGGAGGCAGACAAGAAUGCUAUCCGUUCCAUCCAUGCAGAUGGCUACAAGGUAGUAUUUGUGCGCCGAAGCCCCUUGGUGCUGGUGACAGUGGCACGCACGCGGCAGUCUGCCCAGGAGCUGGCGCAGGAGCUGCUCUACAUCUACUACCAGAUCCUGAGCCUUCUUACUGGGGCGCAGCUGAACCACAUUUUCCAGCAGAAGCAGAACUACGAUCUGCGGCGCCUGCUCUCCGGCUCGGAGCGCAUCACCGACAACCUGUUGCAGCUCAUGGCCCGAGACCCCAGCUUCCUGAUGGGGGCCGCGCGCUGUCUCCCCCUAGCAGCGGCGGUGCGCGACGCGGUGAGUGCCAGCCUGCAGCAGGCGCGCGCGCGCAGCCUGGUUUUCUCCAUCCUGCUGGCCCGCAACCAGCUGGUGGCGCUCGUGCGCCGCAAGGACCAAUUCCUCCAUCCCAUCGACCUGCACCUGCUCUUCAACCUCAUUAGUUCCUCCUCGUCUUUCCGGGAAGGCGAGGCCUGGACGCCAGUGUGCCUGCCCAAAUUCAACUCGGCCGGCUUCUUCCACGCGCACAUCUCAUACCUGGAGCCCGACACGGACCUCUGCCUGCUGCUCGUCUCCACUGACCGCGAGGACUUCUUUGCUGUCUCUGACUGUCGACGCCGCUUCCUGGAGCGCCUUCGGAAGCGAGGAGCCCACCUGGCACUGCGGGAGGCGCUGCGCACGCCCUACUACAGCGUGGCCCAAGUGGGCAUCCCUGACCUCCGCCACUUCCUCUAUAAGUCAAAGAGCUCGGGACUCUUCACCAGUCCUGAGAUUGAGGCGCCGUAUACCAGCGAAGAGGAGCAGGAACGGUUGCUGGGCCUCUACCAGUACUUGCACAGCCGAGCCCACAAUGCCUCCCGCCCACUCAAGACCAUCUACUACACAGGCCCCAACGAGAAUCUCCUUGCCUGGGUGACAGGUGCCUUUGAGCUCUACAUCUGCUACAGCCCCCUGGGAACCAAGGCAUCAGCUGUCAAUGCCAUUCAUAAACUGAUGCGCUGGAUCCGUAAAGAGGAAGACCGUCUCUUCAUCCUCACACCCCUCACCUAUUGAUGGGAGUGGUGUGCAGACUCAGCCCUCCCAGGCCCAUUCUGCAUCAUGGGAAGCCAUGGGAGCCUCCAGGUGGGGCUGGCUUCUCCUACCCAGCCAGCAGGCAGGGACUGUGGGUUGGUGUAUUCAUUAAAAUGCUUUGGUAAAGA